AUGUCGAUUCAAGGGGUUGGCACCCCGUCGGAGCCGCAGCGUCGACAGAAUUCUAGCUGCGAUCCGUGCAGGCGCUCCAAACGCCGCUGCUUUUUCUCCUCUCAUUCUUUCACCGACACAAAUGCCUCGUGUGCCAAUUGCACACGGCUCGGGCAUACAUGUACAUUUGAUUUCGCCUCUUCCCGGUUGAACUCUCGAACAAAGAAACGACAACGCCAAGAUAGUUCAAGGCCCGACCAAACUCCAACCUAUAUCGAACAAAUUCCCUUUGAUGACUCGGUGGAUACGUCUCGAAGAUCCCCGAAUAGUACAUCGGAAUUCAUCUCUACAGAUACCCAAGAUGAUUUCGUUGCGUGGCUCAAUUUUGACAUCGAUGAUUACUUGGCAAGUGACUUGCACUCUACCAAUGCAGCCGAGCCAGUGUUGCCAGACCCGAAAAUCUCAUCUGAAUCACAAAACGAAAGAAAACCUUCUAUUCUACCAACGGGGUCACAAUCAUUACAGCGCCUCUCCUGUCUAGAAUUCCUACCUGGAAGUUCGCCCCGCAGCCCUAUUCAUUUGUUGAAUUCAAAAUUAGACGCUAGCAUCCUUGAUGAACGACUGAUCAGCAUAUACGAAGCGAUUCUAACUGGCUCUGCGGAGCGAUUCCUCGAUUGCGAUACUAAUCUAUACGCAACGGGAAUUCGUUACGAGAUAGAAAACGGCGGGCAUGAAAGUUCGAAUGAGCCAACACCAGCGACGUAUUCAUCCCCCUCAGAUAAGAAUGGAACGAGUUCUCCUUUGAAUCCCCUGAAUACGUCGGGGCAAUUGCAGACUAGGAUGAAACCAGACUUCUCUGGGGAGCAGACGCACAGAGAAGCCAGCAGCAUGACGAUUGUGGGAUGUGCAAGAUUCCUCGACCAUUUCGGGGAUCUUUAUGGAAACAGACUGAGUCAGGCUUCGAAAAAAAGGUCCGAUACAGCCCUUAGAGCUGCACUGCGAUUAUUCGCUCUACAGUGGCUACCUAGUACUGGGUCUGAAAUAGACCGUCGAACUUCUCCAAGGGAGGCCGCCAUUGCCAGACUUCAUGAUAAAAUGCCACUGCGGAGCUCUCCAUGUGAAUUUUAUACCGAUGCAUGGCAUCAGGCCCGUAUGGCCAUCGAUGAAGCACGGUCUGUUCGGUCUUUUCGGGCUGUGUUUGCAAGCUUUAUCUUCGACGGAACCGCCAUUCCAAUGAGCGCUCGCAAUAAUACAAGCGAGGCAUUGAUAGAACAUGAAUUCCUCAAUAUUGGUCUGCAGAAGCUACAUGAACUAGAUGAGCUUGUACAGAAUUAUUGCGCUGCCCUAGGACCAUUGUCUCAGUACGGUGCUCUUGCAGAAACCAGCCUCACUCUAGUGCGCUGGAGUGGAUACAUUCGUGACACCGGGGCUGCUUUGACAUCAGAUCACCAGUGUCGACUUCCCGAUCCUCUUCGUGAUAUGAAUACAUUUGAUCGUGACAACUCAGCCCCGCCAUCGUUUUUCUCCAAGAGUCCGAAAGAGUGCGACCGCGAAAUCCCUGGAAUAUGUCGAAUGAUGGCAGCGGAAGCUUUCUUUAUUUGGAGACGGAUUGCGGAUUUAAAGAACGAUCGUCGAUGUUCCUACAAUCAUCCCCGGAGUCUUGAUUCCGAAAUUCUUGAUUCAGUCAAUUCUGUGGAAAAUUUUAUUGAAACUUUCAAUAAAAAAGUCCGACCAUUCAUCGAACGAUGCAGAGCAAUGUUCUACAAUCUUUCUCUGCCAUCAAGGGUAUCCUGCGUCUCCCUUAUCGUGCCAUGGGAUAUGGGGGUCCUUGUUCUUGCAGAAUCUCUAAGAGCUGACAUCAAUGGUAUUAUCAACGAGUCUGGUCAGAACUUCGGUCAACCUAUACGAAGAUAUCAACGCGAAGCAGCUUUCUCGGUCGCACAAACAGCUAGACGGGUUCUUGAUUUACCUAUAGAAGAGGCAUUUAAUCUUCAGAACGGCCUUGCAUCUGAAGCCCCGAUUACCGCCUAUCAUGUUACCCCAAGGAUAAUGACAACGGCUAUCGAGAAAGCCGUGGUAUACUUUGCCCGACUCCAAGUUUCUAAGGUGGCUGGAAUUGGGAAUUUCAAAAAUAGGGCAGAUCCUAUCCCAGAUGAUCUCUGUCAUGAACAGAUUGAUUGUCUCAUGAAAGGCCUUCUAUCUCUGGAUGUAACUAUUGGAGGAUCUCAAGAAGCUGGCCAGGUUUUGAAGUCUUUAUUGCAUGAGUAUGGGGAUAUCGUAUCAGAAUGCUGGUCUAAUGAUUUCGAUACAUAG